UCGGUAAUGAUUUCCGGGUAAAACGGCAUCAACAUGGACGCGGGAGAACUUCUCUCCUCUCUGGGUGUGGAAGGAGCAGCAGCUGCAGCACACGCUCUAUCUCUCCCUGCCGAGGCUUACGGAAAUGAUGCGCAGUUGGAGGUGAUGUGGGCGAUGAAGGCCUACAACCAUGCAGAAGUUUACUUCAAUCUCAUUUCUUCUGUGGACCCGAAAUUUCUGAAACUCACAAAAGCAGAUGACCAGAUCUAUACCAAGUUUAGGGAAGACUUUCCAGACUUCAAUAUCAAGGUUCUGGAUCCGGAGCUGCUCAAGUCAGCAGAAGCGAAAGAGAAAUGGAGGCCUUUUUGUAACCACUUUGAAAACCUGGUUGAAGACUUUAACUACGGUACGCUCCUGCGUCUAGACUGCGAGAAAGAUUACACAGAGGAGAACACGAUAUUCGCCACCAGAAUCCAGUUCUUUGCCAUCGAGAUCGCGAGAAACCGAGAAGGUUACAACAACGCCGUGCACAACGCCGGCGCAAAGGCGAAAAAGCAGAAGAAAGAGCAGAGUUAACACCUAUAGCAUCACAAUAAAGUGGCCUUGUUUUAUUAUUUCAGGCCUUGUUUAUGUUGCUAAUCUGACAUUAUUUACUAUCCACAUGAUUUAUUUUACAUAAUGGAAAAGUACCAUUUUGAGGCACAUGUGGAGAGAAAUGAAAUCCCUCAGUAUUUAAACUCAUUAGAUGUCUGUAAUUAAAGGUUUUUGUAUUUUUGUUUCUGUUUUGCUGCUGAAUGUUCUUUAUAACAAAUAAAUCCCCAAACAAGG